AUGGACACUGGGGACGUGACGCCCCUGUUGACUUUGCGUGGACCUCCGACUGGCGCGGACCUACAACCACAAGACAAUCUGAUUCGCAUCCAUGAAUUGUCCCACUGGCAAGCCACCAUUAUGGGGCACGCUGAUAGCCCAUUUGCAGGCGGUAUAUUUUUAGUGAAUAUUCACUUUCCACCAGAUUAUCCCUUCAAGCCACCAAAGAUGCCUUUUCUAACAAAAGUCUAUCACCCAAAUAUCAACAGCGACAACGGUAGCAUCUGCCUUAACAUUCUGAAGAAGGAAUGGAGUCCUGCUUUGACAAUAUCUAAAGUGUUGUUGUCGAUAUGCUCACUCCUCACUGAUCCCAACCCUGAUGAUCCUUUGGUUCUUGAGAUCGCUCAAGUUUACAAGACUGAUCGAGUCAAGUACGAGGCCACUGCCAGGUCAUGGACUCAGAAAUAUGCCAUGGGUUAA